UUUAUUUUUGAACCAGUUGUUUAAACUGAGAGGUCUAACAGAAGGUUUGAAUUUGACGGCGAAGGUCUGACGUUUAGGUUGAGCUCUUUCUUUGCCGCUGACUUGAAGCAACGUCUCUGAGUGCUGCUGGUUCAUGUGUCUGAGGUUCUUCUCAUAUCCCAGGUCCCCUGGCGUAACGGGGCUCGAGUGCUGCUGGUUCAUGUGUCUGAGGUUCUUCUCAUAUCCCAGGUCCCCUGGCGUAACGGGGCUCGAGUGCUGCUGGUUCAUGUGUCUGAGGUUCUUCUCAUAUCCCAGGUCCCCUGGCGUAACGGGGCUCGAGUGCUGCUGGUUCAUGUGUCUGAGGUUCUUUUCAUAUCCCAGGUCCCCUGGCGUAACGGGGCUCGAGUGCUGCUGGUUCAUGUGUCUGAGGUUCUUUUCAUAUCCCAGGUCCCCUGGCGUAACGGGGCUCGAGUGCUGCUGGUUCAUGUGUCUGAGGUUCUUUUCAUAUCCCAGGUCCCCUGGCGUAACGGGGCUCGAGUGCUGCUGGUUCAUGUGUCUGAGGUUCUUUUCAUAUCCCAGGUCCCCUGGCGUAACGGGGCUCGAGUGCUGCUGGUUCAUGUGUCUGAGGUUCUUUUCAUAUCCCAGGUCCCCUGGCGUAACGGGGCUCGAGUGCUGCUGGUUCAUGUGUCUGAGGUUCUUUUCAUAUCCCAGGUCCCCUGGCGUAACGGGGCUCGAGUGCUGCUGGUUCAUGUGUCUGAGGUUCUUUUCAUAUCCCAGGUCCCCUGGCGUAACGGGGCUCGAGUGCUGCUGGUUCAUGUGUCUGAGGUUCUUUUCAUAUCCCAGGUCCCCUGGCGUAACGGGGCUCGAGUGCUGCUGGUUCAUGUGUCUGAGGUUCUUUUCAUAUCCCAGGUCCCCUGGCGUAACGGGGCUCGAGUGCUGCUGGUUCAUGUGUCUGAGGUUCUUUUCAUAUCCCAGGUCCCCUGGCGUAACGGGGCUCGAGUGCUGCUGGUUCAUGUGUCUGAGGUUCUUUUCAUAUCCCAGGUCCCCUGGCGUAACGGGGCUCGAGUGCGUGUUUACUUCAAUUACCCAAAUACAUGGCCUUUUUUUCCAAGCAUAUGAAGUGCAUUUUGUGAAGUUCCCUCAAAGACCUCUUCCUAAAGUGUCCUUGAAUUGAGUUGGUCAUGCCAUUCAUCCACACAGUAAGUUAGAAGUUUGUUCCUCACUUACCAGACAGCGUUUCAGGGUCAGGCUGUUGAAAUGAGACGGUGCUUUCUACAUGUUUGUUUUCUUCUUCGU